AUGACGCGGGCGCGGGCCGGCGGCGUUGACCACGCGGCUCCUGAUCUCACCGCGCUGGGCCGUUGCCGCGGCGCGGCUAAACCGGAGGAGAAGGAGCGCGUGGGAGGCGCCCAGGCCCUGCAAGGCCGGGGCAAGAGGGCCCCGGGCCGCGUGGGGCGCGCGUGCGUGUUAAGCGCCGGCAGCUCGGCGGGGCUCGGCGGGCGCGCGGGAGACUCGAGGCGCGUGGGGCGCGCGUGCGACUUGUUCCGGCGCUCCCGCCUCGGGAGGCGCGCGGCUCCCGCGUCCUCCUCCGGGAGGAAUCCUUGUCGCCUCUGGAAAGUGGCAUUUAAUGCCCGCUGCGUCGCGGGUGGCAGCGCGCGGGUCGGGCGCGGCGAGGCCGAGGCGGCCGCGCCGUUCUGGUGCCGGCUCCCGUGCCUCGUCGGCAUCGUCGUCAUCCUCGCAGACGUCCACGUCGUCGGGGGGCGGCGGCGGGGGCCCCGGGGCCGCGGCGCGCCGCCUGCACGUCCUGCCCUGCCUGCACGCCUUCUGCCGCCCGUGCCUCGAGGCGCACCGGCUGCCGGNGCCGCUGCGGCGGCGCAACAGCUCGGGCUCGGGCCGCCCUUCCCAGGCGCUCCCUUCUCCCUCCUCUCCGUCUUCCCCGAGCGCCUCGGCUUCUGCCAGCACCACGACGACGAGGUGCUGCACCUGUAUUGUGACACGUGCUCCGUGCCCAUCUGCCGCGAGUGCACGGUGGGCCGGCACGGCGGCCACAGUUUCGUCUACCUCCAGGAGGCGCUGCAGGACUCGCGGGCCCUCACCAUCCAGCUGCUGGCCGACGCCCAGCAAGGCCGCCAGGCCAUCCAGCUGAGCAUCGAGCAGGCCCAGACGGUGGCAGAGCAGGUGGAGAUGAAGGCAAAGGUGGUGCAGUCGGAGGUCAAAGCUGUGACUGCGAGACACAAGAAGGCCCUGGAGGAGCGGGAGUGUGAGCUGCUCUGGAAGGUAGAAAAGAUCCGCCAGGUGAAGGCCAAGUCCCUGUACCUGCAGGUGGAGAAGCUGCGGCAGAACCUGAACAAGCUGGAGAGCACCAUUAGCGCCGUGCAGCAGGUCCUGGAGGAGGGCCGGGCGCUGGACGUCCUGCUGGCCCGCGACCGCAUGCUGGCCCAGGUGCAGGAGCUCAAGACCGUGCGCAGUCUCCUGCAGCCCCAGGAGGACGACCGGGUCAUGUUCACACCCCCCGACCAGGCCCUCUAUCUCGCCAUCAAGUCCUUCGGCUUCGUCAGCAGCGGGGCCUUCGCGCCGCUCACCAAGGCUACGGGCGACGGCCUCAAGCGGGCCCUGCAGGGGAAGGUGGCCUCCUUCACCGUCAUCGGCUACGACCACGAUGGGGAGCCCCGGCUGUCGGGGGGUGACCUCAUGUCGGCCGUGGUCCUGGGCCCCGACGGCAACCUGUUCGGCGCGGAGGUGAGCGACCAGCAGAACGGGACGUACGUGGUGAGCUACCGGCCACAGCUGGAGGGGGAGCACUUGGUAUCGGUCACGCUGUGCAACCAGCACAUCGAGAACAGCCCCUUCAAGGUGGUGGUCAAGUCCGGCCGCAGCUACGUGGGCAUCGGGCUCCCCGGCCUGAGCUUCGGCAGCGAGGGCGACAGCGACGGCAAGCUCUGCCGCCCGUGGGGCGUGAGCGUGGACAAAGAGGGCUACAUCGUGGUGGCCGACCGCAGCAACAACCGCAUCCAGGUGUUCAAGCCGUGCGGCGCCUUCCACCACAAGUUCGGCACGCUGGGCUCCCGGCCGGGGCAGUUCGACCGGCCCGCCGGGGUGGCCUGCGACGCGUCCCGCAGGAUCGUGGUGGCCGACAAGGACAAUCAUCGCAUCCAGGUCUUCACCUUCGAGGGCCAGUUCCUCCUCAAGUUCGGGGAGAAGGGCACCAAAAACGGGCAGUUCAACUACCCCUGGGAUGUGGCGGUGAAUUCCGAGGGCAAGAUCUUGGUCUCAGACACGCGGAACCACCGCAUCCAGCUGUUCGGGCCCGACGGGGUCUUCCUGAAUAAGUACGGCUUCGAGGGGGCUCUCUGGAAGCACUUUGACUCCCCGCGGGGCGUGGCUUUCAACCACGAGGGCCACUUGGUGGUCACCGACUUCAACAACCACCGGCUCCUGGUCAUCCACCCCGACUGCCAGUCGGCCCGCUUCCUGGGCUCCGAGGGCACGGGCAACGGGCAGUUCCUGCGGCCGCAGGGCGUGGCCGUGGACCAGGAGGGGCGCAUCAUCGUGGCCGACUCCAGGAACCACCGGGUGCAGAUGUUUGAAUCCAACGGCAGCUUCCUGUGCAAGUUCGGCGCCCAGGGCAGCGGCUUCGGGCAGAUGGACCGGCCCUCUGGCAUCGCGGUCACGCCGGACGGGAUGAUCGUCGUGGUGGACUUCGGCAACAAUCGAAUCCUUAUCUUCUAA